AUGCAAGGUACUUAAGUGGAAGUUUAGGAAAAGGACUAAACUACAACCAACAAUAAUAAUAUAAUUUUUAAUGCAUCUGCAAAUCAAUUUUAACAAGAGAAUAAAGGUUAAGAAAAUAAUAAUUUAGAAGAUAAAAAUAUCGAAGAUUAAGGUUAAAGUAAUUAAAAGAUAAAUGAAAAUAAAGUAUAAUAAUAAGAUGAAUUUAUUGAUAUUGUUUAAAAAAAUAAUGAUUUAGUUGGAUUAAAUUAAAAUGAGAAAUAAUUGGAUAAUGUUGAUUCAAAUUAAGAAAAAAAAUAAAUUUAUUAAGAAGAAUAAUAAACAAAAGAUUAAAACAAUGCUUAAUAACAUUUAAAUUAGAAUGGAAAUAUAAAUAGUGACUCUCCAUAAAAAUAACAAUAAACAGAAAUAUUAGAAGAUUAAGAAACGGAAUAUAAAAAUUAAACAUUAUAAAUAAAAAAUAAAAAUGAUGGAAAUUAAGUUGAUGAUGAUUAACAAAAUUUAUAAUAAACUUAAGAUUAAAAUUAAUAAGAUAAUAAUGUUUAAUAAAAUAAAUAAGAAAAUCUAUAAAAUGUUUAAGAAAAUUAAAUAGAAAAUGAUCAACAACAUUUAUAAUAAACUUAAGAUUAGAAUUAAUAAGAAACUAAUGUUCAAUAAGAUAACAAAGAAAAUCUAUAAAAUGUAAAUGAAAAUUAAAUAGAAAAUGAAUAACAACAUUUAUAAUAAACUUAGGAUUAAAAUUAAUAAGAUACUAAUGUUUAAUAAAAUAAAUAAGAAAAUCUAUAAAAUGUUUAAGAAAAUUAAAUAGAAAAUGAUUAACAAAAUUUAUAAUAAACUUAAGAUUAAAAUUAAUAAGAUACUAAUGUUCAAUAAGAUAACAAAGAAAAUCUAUAAAAUGUAAAUGAAAAUUAAAUAGAAAAUGAUCAACAACAUUUAUAAUAAACUUAAGAUUAGAAUUAAUAAGAAACUAAUGUUCAAUAAGAUAACAAAGAAAAUCUAUAAAAUGUAAAUGAAAAUUAAAUAGAAAAUGAAUAACAACAUUUAUAAUAAACUUAGGAUUAAAAUUAAUAAGAUACUAAUGUUUAAUAAAAUAAAUAAGAAAAUCUAUAAAAUGUUUAAGAAAAUUAAAUAGAAAAUGAUCAACAACAUUUAUAAUAAACUUAAGAUUAGAAUUAAUAAGAAACUAAUGUUCAAUAAGAUAACAAAGAAAAUCUAUAAAAUGUAAAUGAAAAUUAAAUAGAAAAUGAAUAACAACAUUUAUAAUAAACUUAGGAUUAAAAUUAAUAAGAUACUAAUGUUUAAUAAAAUAAAUAAGAAAAUCUAUAAAAUGUUUAAGAAAAUUAAAUAGAAAAUGAUUAACAAAAUUUAUAAUAAACUUAAGAUUAAAAUUAAUAAGAUACUAAUGUUCAAUAAGAUAACAAAGAAAAUCUAUAAAAUGUAAAUGAAAAUUAAAUAGAAAAUGAUCAACAACAUUUAUAAUAAACUUAAGAUUAAAAUUAAUAAGAAACUAAUGUUCAAUAAGAUAACAAAGAAAAUCUAUAAAAUGUAAAUGAAAAUUAAAUAGAAAAUGAAUAACAACAUUUAUAAUAAACUUAGGAUUAAAAUUAAUAAGAUACUAAUGUUUAAUAAAAUAAAUAAGAAAAUCUAUAAAAUGUUUAAGAAAAUUAAAUAGAAAAUGAUCAACAACAUUUAUAAUAAACUUAAGAUUAGAAUUAAUAAGAAACUAAUGUUCAAUAAGAUAACAAAGAAAAUCUAUAAAAUGUAAAUGAAAAUUAAAUAGAAAAUGAAUAACAACAUUUAUAAUAAACUUAGGAUUAAAAUUAAUAAGAUACUAAUGUUUAAUAAAAUAAAUAAGAAAAUCUAUAAAAUGUUUAAGAAAAUUAAAUAGAAAAUGAUCAACAACAUUUAUAAUAAACUUAAGAUUAGAAUUAAUAAGAAACUAAUGUUCAAUAAGAUAACAAAGAAAAUCUAUAAAAUGUAAAUGAAAAUUAAAUAGAAAAUGAAUAACAACAUUUAUAAUAAACUUAGGAUUAAAAUUAAUAAGAUACUAAUGUUUAAUAAGAUAACUAAGAAAAUCUAUAAAAUGUUUAAGAAAAUUAAAUAGAAAAUGAUUAAUAAAAUUUAUAAUAAACUUAAGAUUAGAAUUAAUAAGAAACUAAUGUUUAAUAAGAUAAAUAACAAAAUCUGUAAAAUUUUGAUGAUGAAAAUGAAAAGGACUAAAGAUAAAUAAGUUUAGAAUAGAAUGUGACAAAUAAUUAAUUCAAUUCAUAAUAAGUUUUUUAAAAUAGCAAUGAACAUCACAUCCAUGAUUUUCAAUAAAAUCUACAAUAAAGAUAAGUUUUAGAAGAAUAAUAAUCUAAUUUUUAAAACGAUAAAUAAUAAGAUUUUAAAAUUAAACACGGAAAUGAUUCAAAUGAUUUUCUUUAAAAAAAUGUAGAAACAUAAUAACAAUAAAAUACUAAUGAUUAAAACGAUACCUAAUUUAAUCAACAAAGUAGUUUUUAAAAUGAAAUUGAUGAUGCUUCAUAAAAUUUAAAAUAAAUUUCCAUGUAAUAAGAAGAGUAAGUAAUUAAUGAUUUAAAUACCACAUUAUUUGAAUUAAAUACAAAAAAUGAAAAUGAACCUGAUAUUGGAGAAAAUAUUGAAGAUGUUCAAUCAAAUAAACAUUAAACAUAAGCAUGUUUACAAUAAUGUGAAAAUAAUAAUUAAAUGAAUAUAAAUGAAGAAAUAUAAAAUAAAAAAGAAGUUAAUGUCGAAUAAAAUUAACAAUAAACAUAAGUAUUAGAAGUAUUGGUAUAAUAAACUAAUUUUUAAAAAUAGUUGUAAAAAGAUCUCAAAAAUUAGGAUGAAAAUGAAAUUGAUGAUAUUCAAUAAAACAAUGAGCAAAUGUAGAUAAAUUAAGAAUAAUUAGAAUUUUAAAAUAAUAGCAAUUUAUAAGAUUAACAUUUAAUUUAAUUAUCUCAUUAAGCACCAAUUUAAUUUCAAGUACCUCUUAAAUAAGCUAUUAUUAAAGAGGUGAAUGAAGAUAUGGAAAAUAAUUAGAAGGAUAAAGAAAACAAAAAAUCUGAUAGAACUUGUAAUUGUUUGAUAUUUUGAUAUUUUAGACAUAAAUGAGCAAUUAUAUAUAAUUUAGCUUAAUAAUUUUUCUAAAAAUUUAUCUUAUAGAAGAAGUUUCUUUGUUAACCUAAAAAUACAAUUAAUUUAACUAAAUUANGUAAAUGAAAAUUAAAUAGAAAAUGAUCAACAACAUUUAUAAUAAACUUAGGAUUAAAAUUAAUAAGAUACUAAUGUUUAAUAAGAUAACUAAGAAAAUCUAUAAAAUGUUUAAGAAAAUUAAAUAGAAAAUGAUUAAUAAAAUUUAUAAUAAACUUAAGAUUAGAAUUAAUAAGAAACUAAUGUUUAAUAAGAUAAAUAACAAAAUCUGUAAAAUUUUGAUGAUGAAAAUGAAAAGGACUAAAGAUAAAUAAGUUUAGAAUAGAAUGUGACAAAUAAUUAAUUCAAUUCAUAAUAAGUUUUUUAAAAUAGCAAUGAACAUCACAUCCAUGAUUUUCAAUAAAAUCUACAAUAAAGAUAAGUUUUAGAAGAAUAAUAAUCUAAUUUUUAAAACGAUAAAUAAUAAGAUUUUAAAAUUAAACACGGAAAUGAUUCAAAUGAUUUUCUUUAAAAAAAUGUAGAAACAUAAUAACAAUAAAAUACUAAUGAUUAAAACGAUACCUAAUUUAAUCAACAAAGUAGUUUUUAAAAUGAAAUUGAUGAUGCUUCAUAAAAUUUAAAAUAAAUUUCCAUGUAAUAAGAAGAGUAAGUAAUUAAUGAUUUAAAUACCACAUUAUUUGAAUUAAAUACAAAAAAUGAAAAUGAACCUGAUAUUGGAGAAAAUAUUGAAGAUGUUCAAUCAAAUAAACAUUAAACAUAAGCAUGUUUACAAUAAUGUGAAAAUAAUAAUUAAAUGAAUAUAAAUGAAGAAAUAUAAAAUAAAAAAGAAGUUAAUGUCGAAUAAAAUUAACAAUAAACAUAAGUAUUAGAAGUAUUGGUAUAAUAAACUAAUUUUUAAAAAUAGUUGUAAAAAGAUCUCAAAAAUUAGGAUGAAAAUGAAAUUGAUGAUAUUCAAUAAAACAAUGAGCAAAUGUAGAUAAAUUAAGAAUAAUUAGAAUUUUAAAAUAAUAGCAAUUUAUAAGAUUAACAUUUAAUUUAAUUAUCUCAUUAAGCACCAAUUUAAUUUCAAGUACCUCUUAAAUAAGCUAUUAUUAAAGAGGUGAAUGAAGAUAUGGAAAAUAAUUAGAAGGAUAAAGAAAACAAAAAAUCUGAUAGAACUUGUAAUUGUUUGAUAUUUUGA